UUGUAUCAGUGAUUAACGAGCGUAUUUUCAUUACGUAACUUGCGAUCAGCUCGAAACGUCAGUGCGUGGCAGAGCGAGAGAAGCGAGCUCGUUUUUCUUUAGCGUUUCUCUGCGAAUGAAAGUCUUAAGAUCUUACAUUGUAAACGAGAAAUUAUCUAUUGUUCAACAACGCUUUUAUCAACGUUGGCUGCGUUAUCUUGUAUAUAAAUAGGAAUUAUUUUUUUGUACGUUCUACAUCGGUGAAAGUUGUCUGCUUGUAACUUAUCGUUAGAAAAAUUCGUGCGUACAUGAGUGAAGCAUGAGUGCGUUUGGUUACGUUGAAACUGUUCUUGGAAAGAGAGAUGCAAACCAGCUUGGAAGAACCCUCACGCACGAGCAUUUAUCGAUGACAUUCACUACGUUUUACGUGCAACCCCCAUCCCACUUAAAACGAUUCUUCAAUGGCAAAAUCGAGCUUCAGAAUGUCGGAAUGCUGAAACAAUAUCCUUAUAGCGAUCUUUAUAAUUUAAUAUAUAACGAUCAAUGCACGAAGGAUGCUGUUUUGGAGGAUGUGAAAUUGUACAAAGAAUUUGGCGGUGGUACUAUUGUAGAAAAUAGCAAUCACGGCUUGCAACGCAACAUUCCAUUCAUGAGGGAAGUCAGUGAAGCAACUGGAAUUAAUAUCAUUGCUGGGACUGGUUAUUACGUCGACGCGACUCAGACUAACCAGGAUCUAUCAAAGGAAAAGAUGUAUGAUGUAAUGUUGAAAGAAAUGACCAUUGGCUGCGAGGACUAUCCCGACGUGAAGACAGGAUUCAUAGGAGAAGUUGGAAGCGCUUGGCCAAUUACACCGUUCGAGAAACGAGCUAUUCAAGCAACCGCGGAGGUUCAACAGCAAUUGAAGUGCCCGGUCAGUUUUCAUCCUGGAAGGAAUCCUGCUGCACCCUCCGAGAUAAUGAGAAUUUACCAAGAAGCUGGCGGCGAUGCAAAAAAGGCAAUCCUUUCUCACCUCGAUCGGACUAUACUCAGCCCAGAGGAUCUUUCGGAGUUCGCCGAUGACGCGAAAUGUUAUUGCCAGUUCGAUCUUUUCGGAUCCGAAUGUUCCUUUUAUCAGUUGAGCCCAUCUGUAGACAUGAUCUCUGACGCACAACGAAUCGAUCGUGUGAAACAUCUUCGAGACGAGCAGAGAUUAAAUCGCGUUCUGUUAAGUCACGAUAUUCACACCAAGCACAGAUUGAUAAAAUUCGGUGGACAUGGAUUUUCUCACAUUUUGAACAACGUUGUGCCGAAGAUGAGACUAAAGGAUUUCACUUCUGAAGAAAUCGACACCCUACUUAUUCAUAACCCAAGGACUUGGUUGACGUCUUAACUUCCUAAUAGAAAAUAUUUUUAUAAAGGUAUUGUCAGAGGAAGAUUUACACACUGAUCAACAACUAUAUAUCAAGUAAAUUUUAUGCUGUAAACGUUUAUACUGAAUUUAUAAUAAAUUUAUCAGUCUUCUUUUUUUAAAUAAA